GCAACAAAAUGGAUCAUCAACACCGAGAUGAUCAAAACCCAACAUCAUUCAUGAACAAACCAGUAAAUCUAUGACAGCAUCUUCUUCUCAAUAACAUCACACCUCAAUUCGACACAAACAAUAUAUAUAUAUAUAUAUAUAGAGAGAGAGAGAGAGAGAGAGAGAAGAAAGAAAGAUGAAGAAAGAGAGCGUAUCAUCGUCAUCGUCGUCGUCGUCGGGGAAGCUCAUAGCAACGACGGUUCUUCCGUACCAAACACCACGGCUGAGAGACCAUUACAUAAUGGGCAAGAAGCUCGGGCAAGGCCAGUUCGGGACGACCUAUCUGUGCACGAAGAAAUCGAGCGGGGCCCACUUCGCCUGCAAGUCGAUCCCGAAGCGGAAGCUACUCUGCCGAGAGGACUACGACGACGUUCUGAGGGAGAUUCAGAUCAUGCACCACCUCUCCGAACACCCGAACGUCGUACGGAUCGAAGGGAGUUACGAGGAUGCGGUGUUCGUUCAUCUGGUAAUGGAGGUGUGUGCGGGAGGGGAGUUGUUUGAUAGGAUUGUGGAAAAAGGGCAUUACAGUGAGAAGGAGGCCGUGAAGCUGAUAAGGACGAUUGUCGGGGUUGUUGAGACUUGUCACUCUCUUGGGGUUGUGCAUCGGGAUCUGAAGCCCGAGAAUUUCUUGUUCGAUUCGACUUCCGAGGAUGCCCAGCUUAAGGCCACGGAUUUUGGUCUCUCUGUCUUCUACGAGCCAGGACAAACUUUUUAUGAGGUAGUUGGAAGCCCCUAUUAUGUUGCACCUGAGGUUUUGCGGAAGAAUUAUGGACCGGAGGUCGAUGUAUGGAGUGCGGGGGUAAUUCUUUACAUCUUACUAAGUGGGGUUCCCCCUUUUUGGGCAGAAAGUGAAUCGGGGAUAUUCAGACAGAUUUUACACGGAAAACUAGAUUUUCAAUCUGAACCAUGGCCUAGCAUCUCAGAAAGUGCAAAAGAUCUGAUACAAAAGAUGCUUGAAAGGGACCCAAAGAAAAGAAUCUCUGCCCAUGAAGUCCUAUGCCACCCGUGGAUUAUGGAUGACAGAGUUGCCCCAGACAAGCCAUUAGACUCUGCGGUUUUGUCCCGCCUGAAGCAGUUCGCAGCAAUGAAUAAACUUAAAAAGAUGGCUCUGCGAGUUAUCGCAGAAAGACUCUCAGAGGAAGAAAUCGGCGGCCUAAAAGAGUUGUUCAGGAUGAUUGACACAGACAAUAGUGGGACAAUAACAUUUGAGGAACUUAAAGAGGGUCUGAAAAAAGUUGGUUCUGAGCUAAUGGAAUCUGAAAUCAAGUCUCUUAUGAAUGCGGCUGAUAUAGACAACAGUGGAGCAAUAGACUACGGUGAAUUUCUUGCUGCUACCUUGCACUUAAAUAAAUUGGUGAGGGAAGAGAAUUUAAUUGCGGCCUUCUCAUUUUUUGACAAAGAUGGUAGUGGUUACAUCACCAUUGACGAGUUUCAAGAUGCUUGCAAAGAAUUUGGUCUAGGUGAUGUCCAUUUGGAUGAGAUGAUCAAAGAAAUUGAUCAAGACAAUGAUGGACGAAUAGACUAUGGCGAGUUUGCAGCAAUGAUGAGGAAGGCUGAUGGAGGCGUGGGGAGGAGUGGAAGCUUAAGAAACAAUUUAACCUUCAAUUUGGCGGACGCCUUUGGAGUGAGAGACUCAACUUGAGCUACUACUAAAUAUGAGCAAUCUUUUGUACAGUUAGUAGGUUGAGGUUUAUGGGGAUUUAUGAGAGGUUUAGGAAGCUGUAAUAGACAUGUCGGGUUGUGGUUGGCGGAGUUUGGAGCAUUUCAAGCUGUCAAAUUGCAGCCUUUCAGCAGCGUGAGGGGAUACUUUGAAGCUCAAUGUAGAUGCCUCUGUGGAUCUUCACUCAAGUUUUGUAGUAGUGAUUGUUGGAGGCUUGGUUCGAAAUGCUGCAGGUUUUGUGUUUAGCGCUUUUUCCAAAAGAAUAAUGGCGGUGUUCCCUCCGUUUGACUUUUGAGAUUUUAGCACUUCAGGAGGGUACCUUGUUUGCCAAGAAUAGUGGCCUUAGGGUGGCUGGUGAAACCAACUUGUUAAUGCAGUAAAAGCUGUAAAUGAUCUGAGCUCUUUUUGUUGCAAAAGGUCCUAUUUUCAAUAAUAUCAUAUGUCCGGUUUAUGUUGCUAUAUUCUCAUCAGACUAAUACAGCAGCCCAUACUAGCGAGUCUUGCCUUUUACCUUAAAUGAGGAUUGGUUUUGGUU